CCAAAGCCACUUCUUCAAACUUCCGAUUACACCAAGACCAGAUUCAAAGAAGGCCUUAUUUUCGCAGAGACACUUUUGCGGAACACAAAGCGAAAAAUAUCUCCGAUUGGUAUGCACUGCGCGACCAUUUACAAAGAAGCAUGCGCCCGCCUUCUGGAUAUGAAUGAAGACGGAGAAAUUUACGAGGAGGAGCCCGAAACCCUUGAUGCUGUUCGAAAGGAAUGGAUCUCAGAUUUGAGGGUUUACGAGCGUGAGAUGCAGUAUAUGGCAUGCUUGAGCCUAACCCACACCGAAAACGCCCAACAGCUGGAAGAUGAGAUCAUCCAGCUCCAACGUUACAAGUUCUACGCCAGAUAUGGAGACAUUUUUGAGCAACUGUGCAAACAGUUGAAGAAGAAUGCCGAAAGGCUGCAGGUUGCAGGAUGGCAAGCAUUACAAUCAAAGUAUUGGUCCCGGAUCCAAUACAACCUCCAAACAGAGGAGAAAGCGUUCCAGAUGUAUCUGAAGGGCGAAAAGUGCGAAGAAGAAUUCCCGACCCAUCUGGCAGUGAAAUAUGCUUGCCAGAGUGUUGGUUUCGAAAUGGACGAAAUGCUCGUUAUCAUUAAGCAGUACGCUACCCGAAAUACGCUCCUCCAUUCGAAUAUCACCCCUCUCAUCAAAGAGGGCAAGUUUGAUACCUUGAAGUCAACUCUCAACCAAGAUCUCUCCGAUGUGAACAACUUGACCACCGAGGCCGAGGGUGUCACAGGCGAUAUACUAAAGGCAAUCAUCUUCAAAAUGAUCCAAACCUGGUACACCAUCUCCCCAGGAGAUGAGGGAAAUCCGGAAGCAUGGAUUGCUUCUGCUGCUCUUGUCAAAUGUCGCCAGGACCUUAAAGGCGGAGAUCUCGCAAAGCAAGCUGAGUUAGAGAAAGACAUCGUGGCGUCAGUCAUCAAAUCACUUCGACAGCGGGAAAAGGAUAUCGAAGCA